CAGCAUUACUAAACUCACUCAUACUUAACCACCCACAAACUUAACCUGUGUACAAUUUCUGUAUAGAAUUGAGAAGAAAAUUGGUUAUUAUGGCUAUUGCACUGAAAUCAUGUUGCUUCUUGCAAUUGAAGAAAGCUGAAACCGGUUUCAAUAAUCUCAGUUUAUCCUCCAACAAUGUUUCGAUAAUCUCAGCUAAAAGAUACACUUCGGUUUCUGCUACUGCUAACAGGACUAUUGAAGCAGUUAGCAUCUCUGAAACAUUCAACAAGCUGAAGAACCAAGGAAAAGUGGCGUUAAUCCCAUACAUCACAGCUGGUGAUCCUGAUCUUUCAACCACAGCAGAAGCAUUGAAAGUUCUUGAUGCAUCUGGAUCUGACAUUAUUGAACUCGGUGUUCCAUACUCUGAUCCUUUAGCAGAUGGUCCUGUUAUCCAGGCUGCUUCUACGAGAUCUUUAGCGAGAGGAACCGAUUUUGAUUCGAUUAUUUCUAUGUUGAAGGAGGUUGUUCCAGAAUUAUCUACUCCAAUUGCGUUGUUUACUUAUUACAAUCCGAUUCUGAAACGCGGUACUGACCGAUUUAUGUCCAUUGUAAAAGACACUGGUGUUCAUGGACUUGUAGUCCCUGAUGUUCCUCUGGAGGAGACAGAAACUUUAAGGAAAGAAGCUAAGAAGAAUGGAAUUGAACUGGUGCUCCUCACAACGCCUACCACUCCCACAAACAGAAUGAAGGCCAUUGUUGAUGGUGCAGAAGGAUUUGUCUAUCUGGUGAGUUCUUUGGGGGUCACGGGAACUCGAGCAUCAAUUAGUGGUAAAGUUCAGGCUCUUCUGAAGGAAAUUAAAGAGGCAACACCUAAGGCUGUGGCAGUUGGGUUCGGGAUAUCAACAGCCGAGCAAGUGAAGCAGGUAGCGGGGUGGGGUGCUGAUGGUGUGAUUGUUGGAAGUGCUAUGGUGAAGUUGCUUGGUGAGGCCAAAACUCCUCAAGAGGGAUUGAAAGAAUUGGAAAUUUUCACCCUCUCCUUAAGAUCAGCACUUGAUUGAAAUUAUGUCUGGAAGAUCAAAGACUUCUAGUACUUGUUGUCUUAAUAAAGAUUGUACCACAGUGAUGUAAUAGGGUCAAGUUUUGGUUCAUUUUCAAUUAUGACUGGAUUUUUCAUUACUGAAAUAAAUGUUGUAUGAUGAUUUACUACCUUUCUGA